AUGCCCACACAACUCUACAAUGCUCUAAUCCGCACCCACCAUAUCACCUCCCGGAAAAAGGUCGCCGCCCUAAAACGUGCCGCCGACACCCACAGCUGCUUCGUACUCCUUCGCUCCGGUGGGUGUCCGGGGAUCAUGUACGUCGAGGGGCAGGAACAAGGCCAGGUGGAGGGGUGGGUUGGAGUGGUGAAGAGAUUACGAUAUAAGGAUUUCCAGCUGGUGCGUAAACCGGGGGAACUCGUCUCUGAAUCCGGGGGUAUGCCUGAUGACGAAGGACGCGCGACUGGGAGAGAUGUUGGGUUGAAUGAAGUUGAGAGUGUGAAGGAGUUUGGGAGUUUUAUGGCGCAGCGGGGGGUUUGGGGGUGGUGGAGGAAAGGGAUGGGAUAUUCUUGA